CGCCUCUUCCCUCAUACCCUCCUUCACAUUUGUACAGGUUAUUCACAAAGACCUCUAUCCCGUCCAGAUUUCACCUGGCGCAUUCUUUUGACUGUUUCGAUUAACCCCCUGGUGCUCCCCCGAUGACAACAUCGACCAACAUGGACUCCCGGGGAGACGAAGCGUCGAGGGGGGAAGAUGUCUGUAUCGACGCUUCGGAGGUUGGUUGGGGCUCCAUCCCCAGCGAUGUUCCAAAUGCGCCAGCCUGUGUGGAGGAGUGUGAGACGCAAUUCCUCCGGAGACGAGUACCGGAAUAUGAUGGGAACGACCUCGUCCCCGUCUGCGAAAGACUGUUGGACGGCAAAUCAGCAGAUAAGGAUCCUUCUCUGUGGGAGCUCUAUUGUUGCAAUUCCGCGGUCUGCGGUGUCUUGAUCAGCGACGCGAGCGAGGAAUUUCGUCACUCUCCCAGUGCUAGGAAUAUCAUUAAUCGUUGCCAUAACCUAGGCUUUCUAUCCGUCCAAGACCCCGGCCUGCCUCCUCCAACCUACAUCUGUCCCGCGGUUGCUACAUCGCAUACGGAAAAUGGGCUGCCCUGCCAGAAGCGGGAGUCAAGUGCGAGUAACCCUGUGAAGACGACGAACUUGCCCACUGGGACCAGGGAGACGAGAGUGCCGUCCGCACGCCACACGCCUACAUCCACAUUAAGUGACUCCGAAGCAGCCGGCGUAAACCAGGAAGACGACGAGCAACUGGGCAACAAAGGUUCAACUGGACUGUCAGCUGGGGAUAAGGCCGCCGUCGCUAUCUGCUCCGUGGUUGGGAUAAUAGCCAUCCUUGGGCUCCUAUUCUGGUGCUUUCGUCGCAAACGGUUCGAUCAUCGAUAUUUGCGAGACGUGAGGCGCCGUUUCAAGCUGCACGGUCCCCAGUCCACGGGCUCGCCCAUAUCAGUUCUCCUCCCAACCGGCACGGUCCCUAGGCAGCCUGCAACGCCCUUAACUCCGCCGCCUCGACUGAAGGAACGCAAACUGUUACCGACUAUCCUCGUCCCAGGCCGACCGGCACCAGCGAGCGAGGAUAGAUCCUUCUCGAUAUCAGCGAGGUCAUAUCGGCCUGCGCCCAGAGGGGGAGGGGGGCAUUCCUCCCGGUCGUCAUCGCUCGGCGGGUCGAGGUCCGAUGGGGCUUUCUACAAGGGCAGACCUCUACCCAAGGUCCACGAGACUCUGUUGCCGACACUCAGCCACCACGUGACGGCAGCGGGCAAGACGGCAAGUUUGAGUAGCUCCGCUAGCAACCGCACUACGACGACCUUGAGGACGUCCACGACUACAAAUUCUGUCGCGCCGGUUCCCGCUGCAGCAUCGCUUGCAUUGACGCCGCCAGUCUCUCCACGCCGGCCGCAGCGACCUCACGAGGCCCCACUUGAGAUUCCGGACCUUGUCCGCCCGGGGCCUGACCGCGGCCACGGACCGGGACCAGGACCGCCCCCCAACCGCGCCCUCCCUCCGGCACCGCCUUUGGCCUCCGCUUCGGCCUCCACUGUCAGCCUGGCCCUGACGCAGAAUCAGGGUCAGCAUCAGCAGCAACCUUCGGCCCAGGUUCACGGAGACUCCGGCGCCGAUACGGGGAUCGCGAACAGUAAUCCAGCUCAAGAAGUCGCACUACAGCAGGAGUCUCAAGACUUUCGAGAACAUACAGAGCGGUACGGAAGGGAACCGCGCGGAAGCUGGGGAAGUUGGGGCGGUAGCGGCGGGGGUGCCCCGGGGGUGGUGUCGAUGUCGCCGCAAAAAGCCGGCGGCGGAGGCGGCGCAAGCAUGAAUAGCCCCGUCUUAGAAGAGGCUGAUUUGGAGAGAAUGGGCGGUCGUUACCGGGGAAUUUGA